CUACAGUUACUGUGGAGAUAAUUUGGAGACGGGAGGUAUUCUGAAGCUACAGCUCUCGGACUGCUGGCCAUCGCUGAGCGGAAUUUAGUGGCAGUCGUCGCGUUUUCGCAGAACCAAUACAGCGGUGGCCAAUGACAAUUCCACAACAAAGCACAGGAAGGAGACACGUGGAAACCUGCCACACAAGAUGAUCCUGAACAUGGUGCUGGUGGUCCUGACGGACCUGGCUGCUCGCUUCCUGGGUAACACUCUGUUCCGGCAGCACUUCCACCUGUUUCUGUCAGCAGUGGUGAUGUUCGGCCCCGCACUGAGCCUCUGGGUCUCCCAGCACAGCGUCUUUGCCAAGAGAAGCCACUUCCUCUACAGGAUGUUUUUGCGCUCUGGUUGGGGCUGGACCUGCGUCUUUGUCGGCUCUUUUGUCUUCCUCCUCUCCUUCUCCAUCCGCCGCUCCCUCUCUCUCUCAGUCCGGCACCUCUCCCGGCUCGGGGUUGCUGGCGGACUGUGGCUUGGUUUCUGCAAACUUCUGGACCUUCUGGAGAACGCCACAGGAAGCUGCUACGAACCUUUAGUCAACAGCCAAGAGGCCACCAACGGCCAACCUCUCUUGGUGUUACGGGAAGGGGAGAGCAAGUCGGAGUGCCUCAAAGCUGGAAUGUUGUGGAGGGGAUAUGAAGUUUCAGAAGAUGUCUUCCUCCUCUGUCUCUGCUGCCUGCUGCUGGCAGAGGAAACUGCUGUUUUUGGUCCUUAUCUGAGUUUGGGUGGGUUUUCAGACGCCCCUCUGAGGAUCCUCUUCCUGUUCUGUGUUCUUCUGCUCUGGCUCUGGAUCUUUCUGCUGCUCUGUCUCCUAGCUUACUUCCCUCAGUUCCCCACCCAGCUGUUAGGGGGCGCUCUUGGCUGUCUGAGCUGGAGGGGACUGUACCAGGGCUGGUACCGUCUGGGGCCCAGCUGGUACUGCCCCGGGAGACCUGGACUGGGACUGCUCAACAUUAAGACUGAAGCGACCGAGGACGGACAUCUGAGCCAAGAUCACACUGGCACAAAGACUUAAAUCACAAAGUCAAGGUAGUAGAAAAUCCAAACCUGUCCAGUUGUGUUUGUUGUUGUCACAUCUCACAUUAUUAAUGUUUUAACAAUUUCUCAAAGGAUAUAUCACAGCAGUCCUUUUAUUAAUUCAAACAAAACACUAUGGACUUGGGCUUUUGAAUAAAAUGUGUCUUUUCUACUGCAUGCCAAUCCAAAUACAUGCCCAAUGUAUGUGACAACAAUUGUUAUUUGGAUCCAAGCUGGAAGAGUUUGGUUUGAGAAAACCUAACUUUACUGAACCCACAGUUAAGAUUUCUUUGGGAUACAGAGAUGAACAGCUACUGAAUUUGAUGGGUAUGUUACCUGUCAACCCAAUACUUAAAAAAAUAAAUGGAGAACUUGGGUAAUGAAUGAUAAAAAAAGACUAAAAGACUGCAACCAAAAGGUCCAUUUGCUUCCUUGUCAGUGUCUUCUUUAGCAUUGGUGAGAUGGUUGAUUAACUACAGAGAACUGGUUAAGACAUUGGUGCAAGAUCAGUUUUUCCUCCUUUGUUCAGAUGCAUUUUGUCAGUUGUAUUCUGAAACUACAAAUACAGUGAUUAAAAUGCUUUUCAUGUAAUUCUCUUUACUUUCCAGACAGCCAUCACAUUAAAAUGGUUUAAAACAACAAGCUUUUUAGCUACGCUAGCAGCACGGCUCUGGGGAUGGCACUGUUGGCCACCAUUUUG